AGAGAAUACCUACCUGCACCGCCAUUGGUUUCUCAACAAAGCUACAACGUACAGACCCAACAAUUAUUAUCUUGAAGACUUGAAGAAGGAAAAAAGCCACUAGACUUUUCAGUUUUGGAUUAAAAAAAAACGUUUGCUAGAUUUUAUAUUGUUUGUAUUGUUUGUAAUACUACAAUCUGAAAAGGAGCCUAAGAAUUGAUUCAUCCAAACAUAAAAAUCCCCAAACAGGGCAAACCCCCCCCCCCACCAUGGCCGACCUAAACCAGCCAAGCUCGGGGCUCCGGAGGCGGCGGUCAUCCUCAGCCGCCUCCUCGUCAUCCACGGGGCUAUUGCAGACAGCUAAGGACAUUGAGCAUAAGAUCGCGGCGAAGCUGCUGGUGCUCUGGGACGACCUGCCGACGUGGCGGCGCGACAACCACUUCAUCGUGUCCGGGUACCGCCCCGACAGCAACAGCUACCGCCGCUCCCUCGCCUCCCUCUUCUACGUCCACAACGAGUUCGUCAACAUCUGGACCCAUCUCCUCGGCGCCCUUACUUUCCCCAUCGUCGGCGCUUGGCUCUAUCACGUCAUCGCCCCCCGCUACGCCUCUGCUAAUGCUAAUGAUAUACUGGUCUUUUCUUGCUUCUUUGCCGGUGCGGUGUUGUGCCUUAGCAUGAGUGCUAUGUUCCACGCCAUCUCGAACCACUCAGAGGAAGUCUCCAAAUGGGGUAACAAGCUAGAUUACUCUGGCAUCGUCUUCCUCAUCGUCGGAAGCUUCGUGCCAGCCCUCUACUACGGGCUCUUCUGCGCGCCGAACUUGACGACUAUUUACUUGUACGGGAUAAGUUUCCUCGGCCUAGGCUGCGGCGUCGUAUCAUGGGUCGAGCAGUUCCGCACGCCGCGCUGGCGCCCCUACCGCGCCGCCAUGUUCGUCGGCCUCGGCGUCUCGGGGAUCGUGCCCGUGUGCCACGGUCUCAGCAUCUACGGCUACGAGAUCCUGGAGCAGCGUAUGGGGCUCAACUGGGUUUUGUUCCAGGGGUUCCUGUACAUUCUCGGCGCGUUUCUCUACGCGGUUCGAUGGCCGGAGCGAAGUUUCCCGAAGACAUUUGACAUCUGGGGCAGCUCGCAUCAGAUAUUCCACGUUCUCAUCCUGUUUGCCGCCGGAUGCCACCUCGUCGGCAUGUCCAAGGCGUUCGACUAUCACCAUACCGUCAUGGAAGGACAGUGCUAGUGGAAUUUGUGACACUUGUUCAUGGCAUUGCGUAUGUGCUUGUUCUCAAUUCCCCGUAAGCUCUAAGUUAAGCAGGCCAUAGAGAGAAUUUUUGGUAGAGGUGUAUAAAUAGAGACUGGCUAUAAAUAUAGAUGAAAUAGAGGUGGCCUUCAGCCAACGUUUAGAAAUGGCAAAGCAAGAUUUGAAGAUUCCAGUACCUAGUUAAAAACCUUACAGCUGCAUCAAUUGAUCUAAAGGGGUAUAUUGUAUCUCAUUCUCAUCCACAUCUUUUU